CCUGCCAAAAAAAAACAAAUGGGAAAAUCUCUCUAUUGUAGAAAGCAAUAUUGACUCUGACUCUGUAGUCGACAGUGAAAUAGAUGAUGAUCUUCCCUUGUCUGUGCUUAAGAAAAAGCUGCUAAGGAAAAAUUACAAAAAGUCAGCUCUUAUAAAAACUAAAAUGAAUCGCGAUUACACAGCAGAGGUGGCACAGAUGAAAGAUUCAAGUUUUUCUGUUGAUUCAAAUCAGCAGGGGUCUGAUGUACCAGAGUAUUCUCUAAAGAGGAAUGUUAAAGGGGCAACUAGAGCUAUUGGGGAUGAUGAUAUUUCCUCCAAAGCAAAAUCUGAUCAUAUUAUAACAAUCUCGGAUGACACUGACCCAGAAGAACCGGUUUGCAGAUCUAUUUCAAUACAAAAGCAGGACACUGGUCAAGAUACUUCAGAAAAACCAAUACAGAGACCAGAUCAAGUCAAGUCUGAGCCUGGCAAUCCAAGCUUUGAGGAGUAUGAUUCACAAUGUUUUGAAUUUGAAACCGAGGGUGAUAUAUAUUCUGUGUGGAGUGACUCACAGUUGGAGGAGACGAAGCCUAAUAUUCAAGAAAAUAAAUCCUCAAGGCCAGAGACCAACAAUAUUGAGGACUUUGACCAAAACAAUGAUCUCAAUCAGUGGGGGUAUGACACCGACUAUGUUUCUGAUGAUAUAAUAAAGAAUGCAGCUAAAGAUGCAGACCAGCAAUUUAAACUAUCAACCACUACUGCAAACACUCCAUCUAGAAAAGAUCAUGGUGUUAAUUAAGGACCACAUGAGACUGAGAAUUCCAGUGUGUUUUAUGAAAAAAGAUCUCAUGAGUUUGUCGCAGAAACAGACGCUAAAAUAAAAAAGCCCAAAUUGGCUAAAGAACCAGUUUCUUUCCAUGCCAAAAGUAGGAACACAAAAUCUCCAGCAACUCAAAGGAAACUGCAAACUGGCAAAGCAAACAAAGCUGAAAGUCCUUUAAAAGGCCAGGGAUAUGUUAGGAGGAAUGGAAGCCCGGGUAAAGCUUCCCCUGCUGUGGUGCAACCAAAGAAAAUGCACAAGUGUCCUGAACCAGCUUCCACUGUUGAAAAACUAAGCUUGAAAAAGGCUCCCCGC